CCUAUUAUGCUUAAUCACUCUAAGAAACCAUACUUCACUUAUAAAAACUCAGUGGUAUACAAUUUAAGUAUUUGCAUUGAAGUGAGUUUGGGGGAAAAAUUAAAAUGGAAGAAACCAAGAUUUCAGCUAUGAAAGAUGAUUAUGAGGCCAAAGAAAAGAAACAAGCUGCUGCAGAUGUCUUGUUUGGAUAUUCGAACUUUGUUAUGGCCUGCAUUGGUAAUCAAGUUCGGCCCUGUGACCUGAGACUACAUUUGAUGAAAGAGAUCUCAGGAUUGCCAACUUCUUUGAAGCAGGAGCGACGUGUUGCAUCUUCUCCUGAUGUAAUGGGAGAGUCCUCGAGCUCGGGCACUUCAAGACUUGAUAAAACGGAUAGCUUUAAAGGUCUCUAGACACGGAAACUGCAACAUUGUUUUUGUUUUGGUUAGUUCAGUCUCUUUUAAAAUACUACUAUCAUCAUUUGCUUUAGUGGAAGUGUAAAUUUAUCAUAUUAGAGUAGUAUGGGCAUCUGCAGUUGUAUGAUUCAUGUCACGUUGAUAUUUACACGUUUAUUCAUGAAGGAAUUGAAGCUUUAAAUA